AUGAACGCGCCCGACAGCGACGGAAUUAUUCAGAAGGACCUUGACUGUCAUGAACAAACGGUUGUGGCAGAUUUGGAAGAAUGGCUGAAGGCGAAUCCACAAGCGCAGUGGAACGAAGUUGCUGGCCUCAAACUCGUCGAACAAUGCCCAGAAACAAAUCUUCGACAGAUUCAAAAGAGACUCGCCCAGAAUUUCCGCGUUGCUACAUUUAGGACACGUCACUCGGGUUGGGAGCUUGGGCUUGGGAUUGGAGAGCUCAUUCCCAUUUCUCCUAGUGAAGGCUGUAACGUCAAAGUUGGAGAGCACACCUAUCCCCUUAUAGGCGGGAAGAAGGUAUGCAUCUUGAAGAAAGCUCACGUGGAGCUCGCCGGGGGAGAUGUCUUAUAUCUAGUAUGGAAACAGAAAUUAGUCGAUGAAAGAAACUCUUAG